GGCUGUAACACAACAAAAUGUGGAAAAGGUGGUGUGAAUACUUUCUGAAGGCGCGGUAGGUAGAGUAGACCUAUCCUUUGUCUGGCCCACUCCGGCGGCUAUCAAGGAUGAAAAGCCAGCGUUUUUACCUACCGAUAGCGUCAUCUAGUGGAUAACCUCUAACCCACAUCAAAUACAAUGCCGUUUCGUUUAUUAUAGGCCUACAAUUAAAACAUAAAAGUAAUAUCAGAAGGAUGCUCUGAUAUUUCCUCAUGAAUGUGGUUUUGAAAAGCAUAUUUAUUGUGUAGCCUACUUCUCAGAGUCACACACAGACCGGGGAAGGGAUUCACUGUUAUUUACACUCCUCCCUUCCCCCAAUGGUUCUCACAGAACGGUGUGAAUGGUGGUAGCCAGCUUCGUUCUGUGCCAUGACUGACUUUUGAAAGCGCUUUUACUUUUAAUAAUGCGGCGUUACAUUCGUGCAUUCCUCGUGUGCAUGUUGUUUGCCGUGUUCUCGGCCUUGUACGUCUAUAGUAAACUAUUUUAUUCAGAUCUGUCGGUCGGAGGAGGACUGGGUCGGAAGACUUUCCUCCAUCGAGCCGCGGCCUCUCAGCGAAGCGACAUUGGACAAGAAACCAGGCGAGGGCCGGACGAAACAGGCCCAGGCGAUCAACACUGGUACACUAGGUACAUCAUGAGGGAAGCAGAGGGCCGUGUUUGGACAGCUGCACCCAUGCACCUGGCUGUAGUGGCCUGCGGACAGAGACUAGAGGAGACUCUCACCAUGCUGAAGUCUGCUGUUAUGCUCAGCAUCAAACCACUGUGCCUACACAUCUUCGCUGAAGACCAGCUGCACGCCAGCUUUAUAGAAGCUUUAGAGUCGUGGCCAAGUUCGUUCCGCUCCAGGUUUAACUACACUCUGUACCCCAUCACCUUUCCCCAUGAGAAUGCUGGAGAGUGGAAGAAGCUCUUCAAACCAUGUGCUUCUCAGAGACUCUUCCUACCUCUCAUCCUAAAGGAGGUGGAUUCUCUAGUCUACGUGGACUCGGACAUCUUGUUCCUCCAGCCUGUCGACGCUCUGUGGUCCCUGCUAGCUCACUUCAACGCUAGCCAGCUGGCCGCCAUGGCGCCGGAGCACGAGGAGCCACGCAUCGCCUGGUACAGUCGCUUCGCCCGCCACCCCUACUAUGGCAGGACGGGCAUCAACUCUGGAGUCAUGCUCAUGAACAUGACACGCAUCAGGGCCACACACUUCAAGAAUGACAUGACGUCAGUGGGUCUGAGGUGGGAGGAGCUGCUGAUGCCCCUACUGCAGAAAUAUAAACUAAACAUGACCUGGGGAGACCAGGACCUGCUCAACAUCAUCUUCCAUCACAACCCUGAGUGUCUGUUGGAAGUUCCCUGCCACUGGAACUACCGUCCAGACCACUGUAUCUACGGCAGUAACUGUGGCUCCGCGGAGGAGGAGGGUAUCUUUAUCCUGCACGGGAACAGAGGAGUGUACCAUGACCUCAAACAGCCUGCCUUCAGGGCCGUCUACGACGCCAUACGACAGUACUCAUUUAGGGAGGAUCCUGUGAGCUCUCUGCUGGUCCCACUGGAAGAAGAGCUGUUGAAGACUACCCGUUCAUACUGUGGUAAAUCACAUGUUCUGUUUACUAAGAGACUGGCUCACAGCCUGGCCAACGUCAACAGAGAUGCUCAGCGUCCACAUGGACGGUAGUCUGAUGUCCUGGGCCUCUAUGCUGUCCUAUAGUGUUGUCAUGGUCAGAGAUGGUAGCCUGGGUCCUGUUCAUUAGAGCACACUGUAGCAAAACCUUUUGCAACGGAAAACUAAAAUGGGUGUUUCUUAUUGGACAAGUUGAGCUAGUGCCUACUCUGUUUCAUUUCGUCGUCUUCUGUUUCAUGACUACUUGGCACCUACAGUGUCUACAGCUACAUGGUGGAAGGAAUUUAUUUUUAUAUUUUUAUUUAACUAGGCAAGUCAAUUAAGAACAAAUUCUUAUUUUACAAUGACUGCCUACCCCGGCCCAACCCUCCCCUAACCCGGACGACGCUGGGCCAGUUGCGGGCCACCCUAUGGGACUCCUGAUCACGGCCGGUUGUGAUACAGCCCGGGAUCAAACCAGGGUCUGUAGUGACGCCUCUAGCAUCGAGAUGCAGUGUCUUAGACCGCUGCGCCACUCGGGAGGAAGAGACUACAUGGACGUUGGUGACUUCAUAUGCUGGAGAUACAUGCUGUGUGUGAAGAAUGACACCGCUGUCAUCACUACAGACCCCAUAUCCUGUUCAGCGUUUCUCUGGUCAUAGUCAUCUGUAUAGUAGGCUAUAUGGCAUUUCCAAUGCUGAUGAGGCUCUUCUUUAAUAGUGCUGUCUGCUGUAUUCAAGAGGCCUUGCUAUCCAUAUUGGAGAAUUUGCCACAAUGGUCUUAUCCGGCCUGCAGAACAUGACUAAACUCAAUCAGCCUUUCUAAGCUAAAUGGUACCUCUCCUAUUGACAAAGAGCUACUCUGAGCCUUCUGCCAUAAUGUGAACAGCAUAGUGCCAUGGGAGAAGAAGAAGGCACAGACCGGAAGCUAUUUUGGAGUUUGCUUUAUCAAAAAUGCACUUUUUUUAAUGCCAGUCUUUCCCCUUUAUAUAUUAAGAUAAGUGGAACAAGAUGCGUAUUAAUGUGAGUUCUGGAUGUUUUCAGUUUAUUGUCAUUCUUUAGUUUUUGUGUCAAUUUGUUUACUUCAGAAAUAGUUACAACCAGUACUUCUCUUUGUAUGUUAUAUUCUUUGUGAAAUUUGUAUUAGAUGUGGUAUGGAAGAAGCCGUCCAUACUUUCUGCACUGAUCUGUUUCAUACAUAUUUUUCAUACAUUUCUUAAAGUCUUUAUUACUUUGGUGGUUUGGGCAAUUCCAUCCUUAAAACAUGCUGGGACGUUGUCUUUGAAGAAGCACUUUGUUCUGCAGUCAGUCAGUUUUCAUUUAUUGUUCAGACGACAAAUUGUACAUUAUUUUGCGUUGUGUUUAUAGCUAAUACCAAAGUUUUUUGCACUGUUGAACGUAUAUUGGAAACAUUGACCGUCAAAACAAAUAACUUCCUUCUGUCUGUCAUAAAAUGAUCUUGAAAAUGUUUAGUCAUUUUUACAAUACAUGUCUUCCUAAUGUUUACUUUAUGUAUAAACAGGUAAAUGCAGUAUAUUUUGUACCAGAAAGGUAGCACGCACCUUUUUGUAUAUGUCUGUCACUGUAUCUUAACCAACAGUAAUGUAUUCUGUUAAAUUAAAUCCAGUAGUACACAAUUUGAUAGCUUGCCACCAGAUGGCAGCAUUUCUGCAUCAUGAACAGCAGUUAGCUGGACUAGAGGAGAGACUGUCGGGUUCACCAAUUACAUUGAGGGGGAUUCAUGACUAAAUGUGGAACAAAUAUACACAGUUUACAAAAUGUAUGCCAUCAAAAUAUCUAUGCAGCAAUAAUGUUAUGUGGUGCUGCCUGUGCAGUUUAGAUGGGAGUCAAUCUGUCAAUAAAUCAAGUAUAAAUACUU